UACAUAUUCUUGAAUGCAUUCUUGAUUUUUGCAGGAGACAAUGAAUGAAUCAGAUGAUGACACUCCUGCCCUUGAUACUCAAGUAUUCUCUCCUAAUCUGACAAAAGAGGUAUAUGCUCAAUGAUAUUGUUUUCACAGUUGGAGUUUACAAAUUAGUUUUGGGUGAUUUUUUUUACAUAUAAAGGCUUUUCUGAUUUUUGACAGAAAGAAACAAGUGAGUCACCUGCUGAGAGGCCAUCCAAUCCUAAUCAAGAUGGAAAACCAGAUGAUGAGAUUGUGAGAGAGAAAUUAACAAGGGAGUCACCUGCUGCUCAGAGUCAAGUUUCGCAGAAAGAAACAGUGGAAAUGAAUGAGACACCUUCUUCUCCAAUAGCUCCAAAGAGUAUUGAAACUCCCGUUUAUACUCCAAGUCAGACUCAGCAGGUACAUGAUUGAGAGAGAGCCAUCGGAUGACACGCCUGCCCUUGAUAGUCAAGUUUUCACUCCUAAUCUGACAAAAGAGAGGGAAACACAAACCUCUACUGAUGAGACGCCACCCAAAACUAAUCAAGAAGAAGGAAAAACAAAUGAUGAGAUUGUGAUUGAGUCACCUGCUGCUCAGACUCAAGUUUUGCAAAAAGAAACACUGGAAAUGAAUGAGACACCUUCUUCUCCAAUAUCUCCAAAGAGUAUUGAGGCUCAAGUUUUUACUCCAAUUCAGAAACAGCAGACGGUAACAGAGGGAACGUAUGAGGCUACACAGCCAUUGACUGAGAUCAUUUCAGCAAACAAUAAAAAGGAGGAUACACAUGCUGUGCAUCACACACCUUCCUCUCCAUUGUCUUCACUAAUUGCACUAGUUAUUGAAGAAAAUAAGAAUGCUUUGAGUGAGACAGAAACUGCGACCCAAUAUUUUUCUCUAAGUGAGGGAGAGGAGACACAAUCAAGCAGAAAGAAUCAAGCAGAAGAAAAUCUCAAGGAUACUACAAAACAUACAACUGAGCUAGUUUCCACAGAUGUUUCGAAGACACAGCCUCUUACACAGCCUCUUACACAGCCUCUUACUCAGCAAACACAGCACCUUCAGACAAGUGAGGGAGAGCAAUCCGAUGAGACACCAUCAGAGCAGAAUCAAGCAGAAGAAAAUCUCAAGGAUACUACAGAACCUACUACUGAGCUAGUUUCCACAGAGCCUACUACUGAACCUACUACUGAGCAUGUUUCGAAGAUACCGCCUAUUACUCAGAAAACAGAGCAUCUUCAGACAAGUGCUAUAGAUUUUUCAGAAACAAACGAGGUUGAAGUAAGCAGGCUUCUAGCUCACUUUCAAAUAGGCGCAGAGGUUGAGAUUUUGUCUACUGAUGACGAAAUAUGGUAUCCAGGAAAGGUUGUUGAUCUUAAACUGUGUGAAGGACUAGAGGAGCUGACAGUUGAGUACACGACACUCUUCGCAGACCAACAUAGACUUCAGAAACUUCAGGAUACUAUCACGGCUGACAAAAUACGUCCUGCAACACCAACUAGUGACCAAAAAUCCUUUGAGAUGAUGGAUAAGGUAGAAGUCUUUUACAACAAUGGCUGGAGCAGCGGACAAAUUAGCAUGGUACUUGGUGAUAACACAUACUCGGUGUGUCUCUAUACUUCUAUGGAAACUAUUCUAUUCAAACAUUCAGAUUUGCGAAUUCAUAGAGAAUGGAAAGAUGGAGUCUGGAAGAUGGCAGAUAAGGUGAAGCCUGAUAAGAAAAGGAAAGCUGCUGCCUCAUCACAAAAUUCAGGAAUGGAUAAUGUUUUCCUAAGAAGGAGCGAGAGGGUGCCUAAACGAUCUAGAGACACAAAAACUCCAUUCAAGUCUGACAGAAAUCCGGCUUUAACUGUAAUACCUGAGAUUAUACCUGCAGUUGAUCCGUUUUCAACUCCUGCGGAACAUAAGCUUUCAAGGCUUCAAAAUUGGAUGACAUUAAAGCCCGGCAUGCAUGAAACGUCCCUAUCAAUCAAUGAUAAUAAGAUAAGGAAAUCUUUCUUUCAAAGCAUGGAAAAUGCAAAAAAGGACCUUAAGAAAGAGCACAUUGAUGGAGCCUUUGCAAUGCUAAAUUGCAGAAGAAAUGAGAAUGCUGCUUGGUUCCACAACUACAAGAUUCCAAAGGCGUGCUUCCUACCUAUGGAGUUCUUGCAUUGCUUGCUCUCUCAUGAUUUGGCUUACAAGAAAGAAAAGGUCAAAGGUAAAAAGAUUUUCAACGAUUUAUUUAAAGAUAUUGUAAGAGGGAAGGUAUAUCCAGAGAAGACAUGGGGAGAAGAUGUUGAUGUUGUGUAUGGGAUUACUCUUGGAAAAAAAAGCAAUGUCUGGAUUGGGAUGGAAAUUCAUUUGAAGAAGAAAAGAAUCACAGUAUAUGAUUGUUUUCAAAAGGAAAGCAACAGCAUUGAUAUUCCUCAAGUGAAAAAGUUGGCAGUGUUGAUUUCUGAUCUGCUGGUGGAAUCUUCUGGUGAUGAGGUAGAUAAAGUGAAGAUGAUUCCAUUUGAGGUUGAGCAGGCACAAGGUUUACCCAAGACAAAACAUCCUUUCAACUGUGGGAUAUUUCUUGUCAAGAUUCUGGAGUGCCAGUCAUUGAAGAUAGGAGACAUGACAAAGAUUAAUGAUGACAAUGCAUUGGAGCUAAGGAGAACCUUGUCUUGUGAGAUCUUCAACCAAUUUGUGGAUGAGAGCUUUGGGAAAUGAGAAUGAUGCAUCAAAACAUUUUUUGUUUUAGUUAAGACUCGGUUUUAGUUAUGACUGUUUAUUUUGUUAUGUUGUUGGCGUCUGGUUACAUAAGAAAGAUUGGAAGGAUAUCAAGUAUUUUUUUUGGGUAUCA